GUUUAGCAUUGAAGAACAUUGUCACAAACAUUUUUUAACCUCAUUUUGCUGUUUUUGAUGACAGAUUUGCAAAAAUAGUCUCCUUCACUUGAUUCUGUUCUUUUUUUUCCUGAAGUGUAAAUAUAGACUGCUUGAAAUCAAAGCCUGAGUUCAGUUGUGUACAUUUUUACUAGCUGGUAAUCUUCAAUGCAUUUGCGUAGUUCUUGGUCAGCAGGCCAGAAUAUUAUUAAACCAGUCGAGGAAUAAAUUCAACUCACCUGCUGACGGACAUAGAUCAAGAAUUUCUAUGAGAUUCUUGCUGCUUCAAGCCUUUGUGUGCAAACAAGAAGCCAAAUGCUGACCACUGUCCAAUUCCUUAGACACAUGGACAUGGAUGUUCAACAAAACUGAAGCUGGAAGGGAAAGAGGCAACAAGGUCAUCAAUGAUUAUUGAAGGUGUUAGCAGCGUCUUCAGCAAAGUUCAUUUUCACUUCUGUAAUGGUCCAGCAGAUAUUUUUGAACAAUCUAUGCUGUCUGAGUCUCUUAAUGACAAACUAAAAAGAAUAUUUUGGUGCUUUUUGGGUGUUUUUUCAAUAGAUUUUCAUAUUGGCCAUUUUAUAUGGACUUGCCACAAGAGGGUGUAAAUGAUUCCUUCACUGGUUCACAUCAAGACCAAAUAGUACCGUUUCUUGGAGCUGUUUUUUUUAUUUUAAUUAAUUUAUUUAUUUUUAGCAUGAAGCCAUUUUUUGUAUAAACAGUGUUAGUAACAGAACUUACACCUGCCAGAACAGGUUUGCUUUUAAUCUCGAGAACACUCUCGAGUUUAAAAGCAAACUGAAAUAUGUAGAUAUUUUAGGUCUAAAUAGGGGUUUUCCGCCAACAUCUGGAGAUUUAGUAUACUUCUGCCAACAAAAGCCAAACUAAAGGUGCUGGAAAAAGAGGGAAGCAAGCAAAAGAUAAAUUUAGCUGAAAUAGAAAAGUGUCCUAAAUAUUCAUGAAGCAUACAACCAGAAUCUAGAAAAGAUACAGGUGCACAGAGAAAUCAGAUUUAGUUUUAAAGUUGAAAAACUGAACAUUUAACAAGAAAAAAUAUUUCACAUUUUCUUUUUUCAGGAUAGGGAGCAAUAUCUGCUGCCAAAUAAAAGACUUGAAUAGCAAAAUAAAGGAAGUGUAAUUCAAUUGUAACAAUAGGGUCAGUACCAAUUGUUAUAAAAAUACAUAUCAGAAAUGACUUUUAGAAAAUUUGACUUUGUAAAUGAAUGCUUUGAAAUUGGGCCUCUAUCUGUUGAAGAUCUCCUGCUCUUUCUGGAACUCACCCCUAAUGAAGUCAUUACAGCAUAGCUGCUCUAUUAACCCUUUAACAAAGUUUUUACCAGCAUUGCACCAAGAAGUAUGCCAAUUGUUUUCCAAUUGUAGCUGGCUAGUUUGAAGGAACUGAGUGAGGGAGUUACAGGGGCAAGAGUUUUCUGAGGUGGAAUCUUUUGAAGAUGGAAUAACCUUAUAGGAUGAUGUAAAGCUCAAAAAGGUCAAUUUUAUAUUCCCCUUUUACAGCCAACUUCUUUAGCAAUGGCCUUUUGCUGUGGAGGGCGUCAGUGUCUGUAUUUGUUGAGGGAGGAAAUGGUGGGAUGUCGCAAAACCUAGAGAGGACAUUAGUGGCAGGAAUCAAUCCAUGACAAAAUUGGACAUAAAACAACAUUCAGUCACAAAUAAACCAACACUGAACCAAGUCAGAAAUUUGAUUCUUUAGGCGCUGACUGGUUUUUCAUUGCUGAUAGAUUAUUUAUUUAUAUGUGUUGAAAUGAAUUUAUUUGAUUAGGACAGUGCCCAUUAAUCACCAUAACCACAAUUUGUGGCAGUGGAGAUAUGCAGGACUUAGCACAAUAAUUCAAUGUCAUCCUUUGUUCCAGGACAAGUAAGCACAAAAAACGCAACAAUUCACAGGACAGAACCCAGUACACUUCCGUUAAAAGAAGCAAAAAACAAAACCAAAAACAGGUGUGCAGGCCCAUAGAGGACCCAUGGACAGUGCAUUAUUGCCUCAGAUAUGAUGUCUGUAUUUUUUAUUGACUUCCAGCCAAAGUCCAACAGAUGAGCAACAGGACGACUGACCCGAGGAGGUGACAUGUAUUAUUUACUCAUCAGCACAGUAACAUGAUUCCUGGGUCAUCAGGAAGCAGCAGGCAGAGUUUCCAGCAGGUGAAGCACUCAGGCGACGCGCUUCGAGGUGACUGCUGGCCACAUUUUACAGGAAAGGCAGAGCGCUGUAAAGAAAACAGAACAGAAAGCAGACUGAUGUGAGUCUGCUUGGAUCAGGUGUGACUAACAGAAGAAAACCAAACCAUCUGGGUCUCCCUUUUUUACGUGACUGGAGACAAGUGAACAAUGAACUGGGGAUUUUUGGAGAAGAUUCUGAGCGGAGUGAACAAGUACUCCACUUCGAUUGGCCGGAUCUGGCUCUCUGUGGUCUUCCUGUUCAGGAUCCUGGUAUAUGUAGCUGCGGCUGAGCAGGUCUGGAAGGACGAGCAAAAAGACUUUGUGUGCAACACACUGCAGCCCGGCUGCAAGAAUGCCUGCUUCGACCACUUCUUCCCCAUAUCUCAGAUUCGUCUUUGGGCUCUGCAGCUCAUCAUGGUGUCCACACCAUCCCUAAUGGUGGCCCUUCAUGUGGGCUACAGGGAGCACCGGGAGGCCAAGCACAAGAAAAAGUUCUACAAGGACAAAGGGAGCAUUGAUGGUGGUCUUUUCUGCACCUAUGUCAUCAGCUUGAUCUUUAAGACGGGCUUUGAAGUGGGGUUCUUGCUGGCUUUUCACUACUUGGACGGUGGUUUUGGGGUGCCCAUCCUGAUGCAGUGCACACAAGAACCCUGCCCCAACACUGUGGACUGCUACAUAGCCCGAGCCACAGAGAAGAAGAUCUUCCUCUACAUCAUGUGCUGCACCUCCAUUCUGUGUAUAGCCCUCAACUUCUCAGAGCUCAUUUACAUUGUGUGGAAGCAGCUGUGGAGACACUUCAGCAGGCGAUAUGUUCCUGUGGAGAAGCAGAUUUUGAGAAACAGCCAGCUUCAUGCUUCAGCUGACAAAAGAUUCACAUCGUCUGAGCAGCUUGAAAACUCAAAGGUCUGCACACCAGAACCCACAGCUGAUGCAGUUGAAAAACCCGCCAGUCCAGUUCUGCAGAGCUGAGAGCAACCAGGCCCCCUGGUCACAAAGACAAAUGCAGCUUCUUUUUGGCCUGAAAUAUAAUUGACAAUAAACGUUUACUUUUAAAUAUCAUUGGAUCUAUAUAAAUUUCUAGAAAAAAGUCUUCAGAGAAUCACUGAAUGGAAGUAUGUUACACAGUUGUUUCAGCUUGGUUGUAUGAUGGUAUACUGCUCAGUAACUUUGUUCUUUUGUACUUUCAGAUUUCUUUGUCUCUAUUUCAGUAAUAUGUAUUGUGUCAAGAGAAUUUGUUUUAAAACUCUUAGUUCUUCCAGCACCACCAAACAAACAGCCCAGAAACAGGGAACAUCAGAGCUUAACGUUUUCAUUGCUCAGGACCUCAGGGCAGCUUUUUGUAUCAUUGACUGUUUAUUCCUUUUUCAGUGACUUUGUAUUAUUUAGAUUUAGCAUGAGGUUUGAAUAGCUCUACAUGAAUACAAUGAGAAAAUAUAACGUUUAUUUAAAGCUGUUUAAAUAUCUCAAUCUCAAAGUUAUUAUCCCAAUUCCAUCACACCUAAAAUUAUGAUACAUGAUGCAAUCUCAGAAAUCAAUUUUAUGUACCACUUUAAAUUGUUCUCUGGCAGAGAGAAAGCAGAACAUGAGAGCUGAUAUGGCUCAGUGCAUGAAACCCCCCCAAACAAAAAUAUUACAGAAACCAAUUUAUUUUUCUCUGACUUUCUGCUACAUUUAGAGGCCAAAGGGUCAGCAGCAUGUUCCAAUUAGAGUGUGUCUCUGACAUUGAGGCGUAAAGCUGUGAGAUUCUAGAAACAGAGAGCCAGGGCCGUGCAGAGACCUUUGGAGGGGCAGGGGCUCAAAGUUAAAAAAGGGCACAUUGAGUAAGAUCUUAAAACACUUUACAACAACAUAGCAACUACACAUAUUAAUCAAGAAUUUAAUUGGAUCCUACUAUAUCGUUGCCAUCAUGUGGGGACAAUGCAAAGCAAAUGUAUAUUUUCCCCAAAGUAUGAAGUUGCUGUUUCUGGAGGACUGAGUUUAACUGAGACUGUAGGUGUUAAACAGACCAGAGGAGAGAAGGUCAAAGGUUAUGAAGUUAUGAAAUAAGCAAAUUUGCAGCCAUUUUACUAAUUAAGCCCUAAUAAUAUCUACUUAAACUCUAGAACAACUUAGCUGCAGACUGAUUUGUAGAUCAAAAAAAAAACAAGAAGGGGUUAACUCUAUAAAAUUGUUUGAUGUUAGCAUCUCUGAGAUUUACAAUUGAAAGCCUGGGAUAUCAAAGUAAAGAAAACUCAGUAGCUGCUGGUAGGGCCCUCUAGAGAUUCAGGGGCCCCUAGAAAUGGUUUAAUUGUAAGACAGAUCAUAGAUCUAAAUCUGUUGCAUUAAUUUAUAGAGAAUGUCAUAAAAUUGUAUUUAAUGCAUUCAGCUGAGGGAAAAAAAAUACAUUUAGGAUUUAAUUAGGAAGUUUACUUUGUAAAAGUUUAAAGAAUCAUCUUGAUUGUUGUGUUACCAUGGCUACAAUAUGGUGUAAUCUUUGUGUUUGAGUUGGGUUUGUUCACAAAUACAUCACAGCAAGUACCCAAUAAUCAGUGAUUCAUUUAAAGUCGGCCAAUAAACCUGGUCUCCCUUUCACAGAUUCACCUUAUUGAUAUUUAAACAUGUUAGUGAUGCUGAGGUUCUUAGUAGGAAAGGUUUUGGUGGGGCAUGAAUGGGAGUUGGAUCUGUCUAAGGCCCCAUAUUACCUUUGGCCGGCCCUGCAAGAAGAGCCGCUGUGAUGCGCAUUUCUGCAUUCUACCUGGAAUCCCCCAUGUCAGUCCAACGAUGCUUUGGGGACAUUCAUUUAAUUGUGGCAUGUUUUGCUUUUAUGCUGUGGUUCUAAUUAUUGCUCCAGUAUUUUCUCUGAUGUUUAUUUUGUGAAUAAAUAAACUUUGUGUCUCCAAAGCGACACAGAGAAAAAGGCAUCGAGAAUAAGAAACGCUGCAGGUUUGGUUCAACAUCAAAUCUGGUGUAGUUGCUGCUUUAGUCUCAUCUUCUCUCUACAUCGUUAAACCUGGAGCUGCUCUUCUCCUAAUCCAUCGGAGCGAGAGAUCCAGAGAUUAAGUCACUGUUCAGGGGGAAAUGCUGGGUUUUAAAUGUGGCAGCAAUCUGGGCUGAAGCCGUUCACCUCCAGCCCAGAACCCGUCAGCAGCUGCUUUAGUAACGUUAAGGAGAAGCCGGGUGGUUCUGGGGCUUUGAGCUGCGUCGCGACUCGCGGUGACUGUGGCAAGCCGUUUUAACAUAAAUUCGGUUUUGCCGCCCUUACGUUCCAGAUAUCUCAAAUUGUUUUAUGACUAGACGUUUUAGCAAUUUAAGAUAUCUCUAAUUACAUUCUGACUCGUCAAAAUGACGUCAGAUUUACCAUUGAGUUGAAUGGAGGCUUCAAUUCAAGACAUCUACAAUGAAUUACUGACUAUCUGAAAUACUCAUUUCAGAUAUCUACAAUUAAAUUAUGACUAGUCAAAAAGUCAAUUCAAGAUAUCUUGACUGUAGUUUUGAUUAGAGAUAUUAAGGAUAUCUCUAGUUAGUCCAUAAUUCAAAAUGUCUUAAAUGUAUUUUUGGAUAGGAGAAAUGAAGUUUUGACUAGUGGAAAUUAAAUUAUAGAUAUCUUAAAAGCAAAUAAUGACGAAACAAAACUAAAUUAGAGAUAUCUAGAAUUAUUCAACUUUUCUAUUUAAGAUAUCUUGAAUUAGCAUUCUGUCUAGUCAAAGCGUCACUGAUUUACGUGGCAAUUUGAAAGUUUAAUAAAACAAUGAAAAAUAGAAAAAAAUGAAAAAGAUGUUUGAAAAUGCACAACUUUCAUGUUGAAAAUGGAUUGACAACAGCAGUUUCAGCUUUUCAAAGUUGUUUUUAAGUGCAUUCGGUUCGUUGGAAAUGAAUAAACAGGAUUUUUUUCAGAUAUCAUUAGCAGUCUUAUAGUUUAUGAAAUUUUGCUUUCUCCGCAUUUCCAACAUUGCCAAGUUCUUUCUAUUUUGUGGCAUUUACUGACAGUUUUGUGCAAGAAACAAAAAUCUGCAGGCAACUGUUUGGACAGCACAAAGGGGCUUCAAUGUCAUGCUUAAUUCAGAUAUCUAAAAUUGUAAUUUUGACUAGUGAUAAUUAAGUUCAAGAUGUCUUAACUCGUAACUCCAAAUACGUAUUUCAUCAAAUUGCAGAUCCAGUAACGUCAUUUGAGAUAUCUUUAAAGGAAUUUUGACUAGUCAAAAUGUAAUUGGAGACAUUUAGAAUUAUUAUUCUCACUAAUCAGAAUGGAAAUGCAGAUAUCUUAAAUUACCAUUCUGGAUAGUCAAAAUGUAGUUUUGUCGAGUCAAAAUGCAUUUUGAGAUAUCUGGAAUGUAAUUCCAGAUAUCAGAAGUUCCAGACGAAUAUCCAGACGAAACAGAAUUUAUGUUAAAAUGGCUUGCCAUGUACCACAUAUAAAUGACAUUGUUGCGGUUAACUAUAACCCCAUGAUAGACUCAAUUGCUGCCUCUGUGGACAGAUGGAACUGUCUACCCUUGUCACUUAUAGCAUGAAUCAAUGUCCUUAAAUCCAAUAUAAUGCCCAAACUUCUGUAUUUGUUUCAGAACAUUCCAUUGCCGCCUCCUGCCAAUUUAUUUUCGUCCCUAAAAAACGUUUUCAUAUAUUUUCUGUGGAAUAAUAGACGACCAAGGCUUCGCCUAACACUCUUGUAUAUACCGUAUGAUAGAGGAGGCCUCAGGUGCCCCAAUCCACUUUGGUACUAUUGGGCAGCUCA